AUGCAUAUGUCGAAUCAAAUAUACAAAACGUAUCUCCAAGAAGAACAAGUAUCUGUAUCACAGAAAAGUGUUGGUGAAAUUAUGAAAGAGAGGGCAACAUCAUUAAGACACAGUUUCAGUUAUAAAUGUACAUCAUUGUUACUGGUUUUGGACUUUAUGGAGAUCAUGAAAAAAACUCCAGCUCAAGAUGUUCCUGUUACGUAUGAGGCAGUAGAUGAGUGUGUUGCAGCCGUUUGGAUAGAAAACCCUGAUUUGGUGAUUCAUGUCGGUAUGGAUGUCAAUGUAACAGUACCUACUUUAGAAACUCAAUCAUAUAAUUUUGGUUACAAUAAGCCAGAUACUGUUGGUAUUUAUUGUCCGAAUGAUGGCUGUGUUUCGUGUCAUGGUGAACCAGUUCUUUAUUGCAAAAUGGAUUUAAACAAGUUUUUAUGCGGCUACAUAUACUACAAAUCAUUAGAACUUUCACCCGAUCGAGUUGUUUUCGUGCAUGUCCCCUGUUCAAAGAAAAUGCCUAUCGAAGAUAUAGCAAAAUCACUUCUACAAAUAAUUCGUGAACUAGCUGCUCAGAAAGGAACAGUGAUCCCUCAGAAAUGA